AUAGAAAUCUGACAACAAUGCGUCAAAAGUUUACCUUUCAAGUAAACGUCAUGAAAAUUUCUUUUUGACAGAUCAAAGCUCCCUGUGGCAUCUCGUAAACGUAAACCGUUACCCCAAUUUACGUGAAGAUGUCGGGAGGAUUAGAGGUUCUCAGCCUCAAAGAGGAAGAUGUCACCAAAAUGUUGGCCGCCAGCACCCACCUGGGCACCACCAACGUGGACUACCAGAUGGAACAGUACGUGUACAAGCGCCGACCUGACGGUGUUCACAUUUUGAACUUGAGAAAAACGUGGGAAAAGUUGCUUUUGGCCGCCAGGGCUAUUGUGGCCAUCGAACAUCCCGCUGAAGUUUUCGUCAUUUCGUCCAGGCCUUACGGACAAAGGGCUGUGCUUAAAUUCGCAGCACACACUGGAGCAACACCUAUUGCUGGAAGAUUCACUCCUGGUGCUUUCACCAAUCAGAUCCAAGCUGCUUUUCGUGAACCAAGGCUCUUGAUUGUCACUGAUCCCACUUUUGAUCAUCAACCAAUCACAGAAGCUUCUUACGUCAACAUUCCAGUAAUUGCCCUUUGCAACACUGACAGCCCCUUGAGAUUUGUUGAUAUUUCCAUCCCUUGUAACAACAAAGCUCCCAACAGUAUUGGGUUGAUUUGGUGGUUGUUGGCACGUGAGGUUCUCCGUCUUAGAGGUCUCAUUGCCAGAGAAACCAAAUGGGACGUAGUAGUGGAUUUGUUCUUCUACCGUGACCCAGAAGAAGCUGAAAAGGAAGAACAAGCGGCCAAGGAAGUUGCUGCCAUCAAACCAGUUGAGGCUGCAGUUCCACAUGAAGCUCCUGACCUAGACUGGAACACUGGUGGUGACCAGGACUGGGCCGAACCUGCAGUUGCUGCCACUCCAGCUGCAGCUUCAGCGUUCCCUCCUGUACAGCCUGCCACUGACGAUUGGGCAGCUGAAGUAGCUAAAGAGGCCGCCACCACUCAGCAACUGCCCAACUGGGGCGGAAGCAGCAACUGGGAAUAAACAAGUUGAUUGUUUUUUAAUUUAAAUAAAAAUGACUUUUGAAUUGAAUUUGUUGU